ACCUGCCCCUCCCCUCUCCGGCGCGUCCAACCUAGCGCUCCGGCGAGCACCCCGGCGGCGGCGCGAUGGGUGAGCGGAAGGUGCUGAACAAGUACUACCCGCCGGACUUCGAUCCGGCGAAGAUCCCGCGGCGGAAGCAGCCCAAGAACCAGCAGAUCAAGGUGCGCAUGAUGCUCCCCAUGAGCAUCCGAUGCGGCACCUGCGGGACAUACAUCUACAAGGGCACCAAGUUCAACUCGCGCAAGGAGGACUGCAUCGGCGAGACAUACUUGGGCAUACAAAUAUUUAGGUUUUACUUCAAGUGUACUAGGUGCUCAGCCGAGAUUACCUUCAAAACAGACCCCCAGAAUUCAGACUACACGGUGGAAUCUGGGGCUAGUCGGAAUUUCGAACCGUGGCGUGCAGAGGACGAGGUUGUGGACAAAGAGAAGAGAAAACGAGAAGCGGAGGAGAUGGGAGAUGCGAUGAGAGCACUGGAGAACAGAGCGAACGACUCAAAGCAGGACAUGGACAUACUUGCUGCUUUAGAAGAGAUGCGGUCCAUGAAGUCGAGACAUGCAGGAGUAUCAGUUGACCAGAUGCUCGAAAUUUUGAAGCAUUCCGCUCACCUGAAGGAGGAAAAGACGGUAGCAGAACUAGAUGAAGAAGACGAAGAACUCAUCAAAUCAAUCACUUUCCGAAACUCGAAAGACUAUGUGAAAAGGAUCGAUGACGAUGACGACGAUGAUGAAGAAUUUGGUAUACCAGGCCAGUCAAGUAUCACGGCGAAGACCAAUGGGUCUUCUGAAUCAGUGUUAAAUCCAACAGAUGUCUUGACCACAACUAAUGGUCCUGAGAGUACCAAUAAAGAAGUAAAGAAGACGGUGGCAUCUAAGAUGCCCCAAUUCAUAGUGAAACCAAAGCACACUGCUGCAAAUCCUCUGAAGAAACAGAAGACUGAAUCUGCAGCUGUCCAAGAUAACGGCAAAGCACCUGUUGUUGCCACCGAGGAAAAAAGUGGAGCUUCAGAAGAGAAGACCAAUGUUCUUCAGUCCCUCUGCCAGUAUGAUAGUGAUGAAAGUGAUGACUGAAGACAAGGAUUCUUGGAGUUUCAACUGCGCCGGGCAAGAAAGCCCCUGGAACACGAUGAUGUAACUGUCUGUAAUUGUAUACUUUUGCAAAAUCUCUGCUGCCAACUCUAGGUCUGCGCUGUUGCAAAUCUAUGGCAGCUAAUAGUCCAGAUAUAGCUGUAUUCAGAGAUAAAAAUUUGUAACAUUGACAAAUUCGGAGCAAUUAAAGAAUUAUCUGGGUGGCCUCAGAACUUGGUUCCGCAGAAGCA